GACACUGUCCUGGGAAAGUCCUGCUGGCUAUCCAGACAAUUAUAAAAAUGUGUCCCCCGGGGUCAGUGUUCCAACCUCUUCACCCUCGGCAUCCAGCUGCUCCUCUCAGUGCUGGUCCAACAUGUGUCAAUCUCGCUACCUCCUCUUUUUGGCCACCCUUGCCCUCCUAAUCCUCGUCAGUUUGGCCAGGGUCAUUCCAGUCUCUGGACCUGCCAAGUGCCUUAGCCAGUCCCAAAACCUGCUGAAGACGACAGAGGACAUGGUGAAGACGGCCAGAGAAAAACUGAAACAUUACUCCUGCACUGCAGAGGACAUCGAUCAUGAAGACAUCACACGGGAUAAAACCAGCACACUGGAGGCCUGUUUACCUCUGGAACUGCACAAGAACGAGAGUUGCCUGGCUGCUAGAGAGACUUCUUCCAUAAUAAGAGGGAGCUGCCUGCCCCCACAGAGGACUUCUUUGAUGAUGACCCUGUGCCUUGGUAGCAUCUAUGAGGAUUUGAAGAUAUACCAGACAGAGUUCCAGGCCAUAAAUGCAGCGCUUCAGAAUCAUAAUCAUCAACAGAUCAUUCUGGACAAAAGCAUGCUGGGAGCUAUUGAUGAGCUGAUGCAGUCUCUGAAUCAUAACGGCGAGACUCUGCACCAGAACCCCUCCGUGGGAGAAGCAGAUCCUUACAAGGUGAAAAUGAAGCUGUGCAUCCUGCUCCAUGCCUUCAGCACCCGAGUCAUGACCAUCAACAGGGUGAUGAGCUACCUGAGCUCCUCCUGAAGGGCUCAGGGCCCUCCCCCACAGUGCCCUCUUCACAAGAAUCAGAACCAAAGAAAGGUUAAUAAGAGGAGGGCUAAGAAUCGAGAGGUCUUGGCCUGGUUGACCUUAAGCUCCCUCAGGAGUCUGUUCUCCUGUCACAGUCUCAUACCCCCCACAGGUGGCACAGCUACCUCAGCAUGGUCCCCUCCAUCCCGUCUCUAAUAUUUACUAUACAAGUUGUCUGUAAGUUUUCAUCAAAAUAUUGUUAAGGGGAGAAUGCGUCCUCUCUCAAGGCUUCAGCAGAAGAGCAAGAACCGAUAAGCUAUUAUUUUUGUGCCAAAGUGUAUGUGAAGACACUCAGUCACCCCUUAUUUAAAAAUAUUUAUUGUUAUAUUUUAUACUCAUGAAAGUAUAUGAGUCUAUUUAUAUUUAUUUAUUUUAUAUUUAUUAUAAUAUUUCUUAUCAGAUGAAUUUGAAACAUUUUUGAAACAUACCUUAUUUUGUGGUUCUAAUAAAGUAAUGUUGUAAGCACUUCACA